AUGCAGGAAUACCAAUCUUUGAAGAAGUUUGGUGAUGCCAUGCUGACCAAAGUCAAUAAGUUGAAUGAGCUGUCUGGCAAGUUGGAUGAAGCGAUGAAACAAGAUGAGUCUAGCCCACACCGUGACAGAGUCAACAAGUCCCAGAAGACCAUAGAAGGUGCCGUGGCAAUCCUUGAAGAGCAGUUCGAAGCGGUGCAGUUGACAAAGGCCGAAGUCAAUGACCUCCAGACUGGGAAAUUGAAACAACCCGAGAUCGAGAGGUUGAAGGGCCUGGUCGAGGAACAGAUCAAGCGCUCCCAGAAAGCGUGUGCAAAGGUUACCACGGCUGAAUCUACUGCAAAGAACCUUCUGAAGAUGGUGACGAAGAAUGACGAGUGUGCUCGCCACAAUGGACCCGGACGAGUCCUGGAAAAUCUUGCCAACUUUGCUGCUCGAGGCGAUAUCUCUCCAUGCCUCUCCCCGGCUGUAUCUGAGGACAGUGGUGAUGCAGUUGCUGCUUUGCUAAGUGAGCUGGGUGAGACAUUUGAUUCGGAACCUAUGUGCCAUGUUGUUGAGCUGGCUGCAGCCGAAGUUUCUGAGAACCCUCAAGCUAGCGAGGCUUUACGGGAGUUUGCAGCGGUUAGGCCCAAUGAUGCAGAACAACGGGGGCAUGAUGUGUUGGUGAAGCACGAGUUAUCAUGCCCAGUUGAGAUUAACAAGGUUGACCUCUCUGACACAAAGCGUUUCAAGAAUUGGCCAUACAUCAAGUUUUCCACAUGGGUCAAAUAUCUUUUGGAUUCUGGACGUUUGGCGCAACAGUUGUGUGCUUGUGCGGAUCUACAAAGUAUGCAAGUGAAGCUACAAGAGUUCUGGCUACGCUAUGAAGCCAUAGACCCGGAACACCAAAUCUUCGCUAUGAGGGAUGCUGGUACAGUAGACCUGAAAUGGGUUAUCCCAGUCUAUAGUCAUUCCGACGAGGGUCGGGGCCAUAAAAAACAAGCGUUUUGGCUGUUGAGCACUCAUGGGGCAUUAGGCCGUGGAACGAGGGCAUUUCUCAAGAAAUCGAAGGAUAAGCUACCUUUGAAAAGAAAUGGGUUUGGUCUCAAUUUUUGUGGCCAUACUUGGACAACAAAUUUUCUUUUCAGCUGCAUGCUGCGAAAGUUCUUCAAGAAGGACCCGGAGAUCCUCCAUAGUUUGGUUGGUGUCUAUGCCAGGGACAUGGAGGACCUAUUGUUGAACGGUGUUAGCAGUACGGACGGGCUGAUUCAGGUUCGGUGCUGUCAUUUGGGGACAAAGGGAGACCUCCCAGCUCUUGCUAAGCUGGGAAGAAUGAAUCAUACGUUUGGGAAUGUCCCAAAGAAAGCAGCAUCAAAGAAACCUUGUGAGGGAAUUUGUUGGAUGUGCUGUGCUGGUCGUGAGUCCAAUCCAUCCCAGAAUAUCUCUGCUAUCCCAUUUGAAGACACCUCGGGUAAGCCUCUUUGGGAAGGAACGCUGGGUCAACAAGAUGCAUUUGAUGGAAUGCCUGCUAUACUGGAAGGUGUUCCAUUGCUAGAGGAGAACAGGUGGCAAUUCUUCAAGACAGACCUCUGGCACAAUUUUCACCUAGGUGUUGCCAAGCAUUAUGUUGCCAGCGCUCUAGUCUCAAUCUUGGAAAACGUGGAUCUUGAGGUGACUGCAACUUCAGCUAUGAAUACAGCAAUAUCGGCUAUGUACCAUGAAGGCUUCUUCAUUCGAUGGCCCAGGGCCUUGAAGAUUUCAAAGUUAUG